GCAUUACUACUCUCGUAUUGCAGCAUGAGGCAUUGUAGCAACAGUUGAUCCUAAUGAUGUGUACGCAUAGCAUUUUCCUUAUAAAAUGCAGCGGCCCCAUGAACAUCCUAGGUACACAGUACCUGGCUGGCUUGAGUUUGUAAUAAAAGCUCUGGUGAGUUAAAUUUUCUGCCAUCCCGAGUUCAGAAGUAUAUACUGUCUACAAUAUUUUGUUGCCAAGUUUUGCCACAAUUGUCACAAACUUUCCAUCUGCCACAAAAGAUUCCAAAAAGAAAUUGUGCCAAUGGGUGCAGGUGGCUCAAAUAGUCAGCUACACGACAAGGAUGCUGGUAUUUGACUAUUUCUGUUUGACUUGAAUUAUGAUUCGUUAAAAUCUACAGUAUGACGAUUGACGAUGGUAUAGAUAAGGCCGUUUGGCCGUUCACGAGUCAACUCUUACUCCCUUUGAAGUAGAUAGGCAGGCCAAGUCGGCAGAUUGCAUUCCAGCUACGAACCGAGCUAGAUCCAAACAUCCAGCACUGAAUUUUUAUUCAGAUUAUAUGCUUCCUGUCUUGUAUUGUUCAUCUUCCUUUGAGGUAGGCUCGAACAGGCUGCAACGGCGCAAGGCCGCCCAUGGCCGCUCAGGCAUCGGGCGCAGUGUCUGAUCUGGCGUGAAAACCAGCUGCGCCAACUUCGAGUCGUUGACAAAGUUUUUCUGCUGCGACUCCAGAGGCUGCCGACCCGAGCGUGGCCUGUAGGAGACUGGGAGUAACAAAUGCGCGCACAGCCUGACACUCUCGCGCCGUCGCACUCAUCGACUAGUAAGAAACAAGGAGUGCACUGCACUCUGCUCUCUCCCGCGACCGGCCAACCGUUCAGAGCUAACGGUUUUGGUGCAACUCGCGCUGCCGCUCCGGCUUGCUUAAUCAUUUCUCGCACGAUAACCACCACGCCCGACCGGCCGUAAGGCCAUGUCCUGACUCCUGAGAGGAGAGGUCACCGGCUGGUUUGGAGUCCAGUUGGGGAGCGAGGAUGAGGGCACGCAUGCUCUCUCUCCGUCUCCUCCUCCUCCUCAUCGCCGCCGCCACCCCCUUCACCCCCUCGACAUCCACCGACACCAUUGACCGGGCCACGUCUAUCACCGGCAACCAGACGCUCGUCUCAGCCGGUGGCGUCUAUGCGCUCGGCUUCUUCAGCCCGUCCGGCGCCGACGGCAGGACGUACCUCGGCAUUUGGUACGCCACCAUCCCCGGGCCGACCAUCGUGUGGGUCGCCAACCGCCAGAAUCCGGUGGUCAGUUACCCGGGCGUCCUCCAGCUCUCCUCCGGUGGCCGACUUGUCAUCCUCGACAGACAAAACGAUACUGUGUGGUCGUCCGCGGCGCCCACCAGAAACAUCACCACGCGCGCCACCGCUCAGCUUCUGGACAGCGGUAACUUCGUCCUCAGCUCCGAUGGCAGCGGUUCUGAUAAGAGCGUGGCGUGGCAGAGCUUCGACUACCCGACGGACACGCUGCUCCCGGGCAUGAAGCUCGGGGUGGACAUCAAGGCCGGCAUCACAAGGAACAUCACGUCGUGGAGCAGCCCAACCGACCCCUCGUCGGGCGACUACACGUUCAAGCUGAUCGCCGGCGGGCUGCCGCAGUUCUUCCUCGUCCGGGGCACGACGAAGAUCUACACGAGCGGGCCGUGGAACGGCGACAUACUGACCGGCGUGCCGUACCUCAGGUCAAAGGACUUCACUUUCAAAGUCGUGUAUAGCCCCGACGAGACGUACUACAGCUACUUCAUCCGCGACCCGUCGCUGUUCUCGCGGUUAGUCGUGGACGGCACGGCGGGGCAGCUGAAGCGGUUCUCGUUGAACAACGGCGCGUGGAGCAACUUCUGGUACUACCCGACCGACCAAUGCGAUUUCUACGCCAAGUGCGGGCCGUUCGGGUACUGCGACACCGACCAGUCCCCGCCGUGCAGCUGCCUCCCGGGGUUCGCACCGCGGUCGCCGCAGCAGUGGAGCCUCCGGGACUGGUCAGGCGGGUGUGUCAGGAGCACCAACCUGAGCUGCGACGGCGGCGACGGGUUCUGGGUCGUGAACCGGAUGAAGCUGCCGCAGGCCACGGACGCGACGGUGUACGCCGGCAUGACGCUCGACCAGUGCAGGCAGGCGUGCCUGAGCAACUGCAGCUGCGGGGCGUACGCCGCCGCGAACGUUAGCGGCGGAUUUGGCGUCGGGUGCGUCAUCUGGGCCGUCGAUCUGCUGGACAUGAGGCAGUACCCGAUUAUCGUGCAGGAUGUGUACAUACGACUCGCGCAGUCGGAGAUAGAAGCCCUGAACGCCACACCUAACCAUCGGCGCCCACACAAGAGCAUGCUGAUCAUCGUCGCCGCCGCGACUAUUCCCGGUGUACUUUUGCUAGCGGUCGGUUGCUGUUGUUUCUGGAUGAAGAAGGUGAGAAGGAAACGUCAAAGUGACGACAUGGCGUCAUUGCCUCCAAGCGCUGGAGAUCAUGGGCUUCCGUACAGGGUCAGGAGCCAGCCUUCGUUGAGCCCAGUACGGGAUCAACAAUCGGGUGAUCUCUAUGAGGACACGAGAUCUGCUGAGAAAGAUGUUGAGCUUCCAUUGUUUGAUCUAGAGGUGAUCCUGGUCGUCACAGAUAAUUUUGCUGAGCACAACAAGAUUGGAGCAGGUGGAUUUGGCCCUGUUUACAAGGGAAAGCUUGAGGAUGGGCAGCAAGUAGCUGUGAAGAGGUUGUGCCAGGGAUCAAUGCAAGGGGUCAAGGAGUUCAUGAACGAGGUAAAGCUGAUCGCAAAGUUGCAGCACAGAAACCUUGUGAGGCUACUUGGUUGUUGUAUCGACGAUGAUGAGAGGAUGCUCGUGUACGAGUACAUGCACAACCAGAGCUUAGACACAUUCAUAUUUGAUGAAGGAAAGCGCAGGUUGCUAGGAUGGCAGAAACGGUUUGAGAUCAUUUUGGGGAUCGCACGGGGUCUACAAUAUCUACACGAAGAUUCAAGGUUCAGGAUCAUCCACAGAGAUUUGAAGGCUAGCAACGUGUUGCUGGACAGAAACAUGAUCCCCAAAAUUUCAGACUUUGGUAUCGCAAGGAUGUUUGGAGGUGAUCAGACCACAGCAUAUACUGGAAAUGUUGUUGGAACAUAUGGCUACAUGUCUCCGGAGUAUGCGCUGCAUGGCAUCAUUUCGAUAAAAUCCGACGUCUUCAGCUUCGGUGUGCUAGUGCUAGAGAUAGUUACCGGCACGAGGAAUCGAGGCUCCUUCGUACCGGAGCUUGAUCUCAACCUCCUAGGAUAUGCAUGGAUGCUGUGGAAAGAAGGAAGGAGCGUGGAAUUACUGGACGAGGCAUUGGGUGGCAGCUUUCACCACAGCAAGGUGCUGCGAUGCAUACAGGUUGCCCUCCUGUGCGUCGAGGCGCAGCCAAAGAACAGACCCCUGAUGUCUUCGGUUGUCACGAUGCUGGCCAGCGAGAACGCCGUACUUCCUGAACCAAAUGAGCCCGGAGUAAACAUUGGGAGGAACACAUCGGACACGGACUCUUCUCAAACUCGAAGCGGCACCGCGGAAACCGUGUAAUGUCCAGCCCAUUAGUACCAUUUAGAUCCGUUCAUCACAUCUGAUAUCGCAGGAAUUACUGUUCGCGUCGUGAACAGUAAUCUCGACACUCUAGCAUGAGAUUAGAAAGGUUAUGAUAUAUUAGCUAGUAUAUUUAUUGGUAUGUUAGAAUUUGAAUUGAUUUAUUUAAAGAUAAGUUUGAUAGAAGAUAAA